AUGUCCAACCUCCCGUCCGAGCCCGAGUUCGAGCAGGCCUACACGGAGCUUGCCAGCACCCUUGCCGACAGCACCCUCUUCCAGGAGCAUCCCGAGUACCGGACCGCCCUCGAGGUCUGCUCCAUUCCUGAGCGCGUCGUCCAGUUCCGCGUCACCUGGGAGGACGACGACGGCCGUCUGCGCGUCAAUCGCGGCUACCGCGUCCAGUUCAAUUCGGCCCUCGGGCCCUACAAGGGCGGCCUGCGCCUCCAUCCCUCCGUCAACCUCUCCAUCCUCAAGUUUCUCGGCUUUGAGCAAAUCUUCAAGAAUGCCCUGACUGGCUUGAGCAUGGGUGGCGCCAAGGGAGGCGCCGACUUCGACCCCAAGGGCAAGAGUGACGCCGAGAUCCGCCGCUUCUGCCAGGCCUUUAUGCGCGAGCUCUCUAAGCACAUUGGCGCCGACACCGACGUCCCCGCCGGCGACAUUGGCGUGUCGGGCCGCGAGAUUGGCUACAUGUUCGGCGCCUACCGCCAGGCCCGGGGCCGGUGGGAGGGCGUCUUGACCGGCAAGGGCCUCAGCUGGGGCGGAAGCCUGAUUCGUCCCGAGGCGACGGGCUACGGCGUCGUCUACUACGUCGAGCACAUGCUCGAGUACGCAGGCCGCGGCGGCUUCGCGGGCAAGCGCGUGGCCAUUUCGGGCUCGGGCAACGUGGCGCAGUACGCAGCGCUCAAGGUGCUCGAGCUGGGGGCGACGGUGGUGUCGCUGUCCGACUCGCAGGGCGCGCUCGUGGCCACGGACGACGGCAAGACAUUUACGGCCGAGCACGUGCACCAGGUGGCGGCGCUCAAGGCGCGGCGGCGGGCGCUGGCGGAGCUGGACCACGGCGGGCGGUACACGUACGUGGCCGGGAACGAGGUCAGCCGCGACGAGGCCGAGGCGCUGACGGCGGGCGGACUGCUGGUGGUGGCCGAGGGAUCCAACAUGGGCUGCACGCAGGAGGCCAUUGACCUGUUUGAGGAGCAGCGCCGCCAACGGGGCAGCGAGGCCGUGUGGUAUGCUCCGGGCAAGGCGGCCAACUGCGGCGGCGUCGCCGUGUCGGGGCUGGAGAUGGCGCAGAACAGCCAGCGCCUCGCCUGGACGGCCGACGAGGUGGACGACAAGCUCAAGGGCAUCAUGAAGAACGCCUUUGCGGCGGGCCUCGAGACGGCCAAAAAGUACGUGCAGGCGGGCGAGGGCGAGUUGCCGAGCCUGGUGGCCGGGAGCAACAUUGCCGGCUUCGUCAAGGUUGCGCAGGCCAUGUACGACCAGGGCGACUGGUGGGCUUAG